UCUCCACCAGUGACUGAAGAGACGAACAGAGACGAGGUGACGUUAAGAUGCUCUGUGUGGACGUAUGAACGAUGUAAACACACAGUGAAGUGGAUGAAUGGUGGUCAAGAUGUGGACAAAGACAACGAAGAAGUGAAGACAUCACCGUCUCUCUGCUCCGCCUCUCUGUCCUUUAAGACUUCUCACUUCUUUUACACAUCAAGCUUCACUUCAUUGAAGUGUAAAGUGACCGAUGGAGACAAAGUGAUGCAGUUUUCUCCCUCAGGUGAUAAAACAGGUGAAGACACAACAACAACUGAAGAGGACACAAAAGGAGGAGACACUACGAAAACUUCUAUAAUCAGAGAAGCUUCAGCAGAACCACAAAUUUGGGUCUACGUCCUUUCGGCCGUUGUUCUUGUUGCUCUCUUGAUAAUCAGCGCGUUUGUCGUCAAAUGGAAGAUCAACAAAGGCAACACAACACGGACGAACAACAACGAUGUGCCGACCGCCCCCCCGGCUGCAGAAGCCCCUCUCACGGAUGUGUCCAUGUCCCUGAGCGGCCAUGUUGUCUCCUCCGUGCAGGCCGGUCCUGAAGACGGUGUGUCCUACGCCACCAUCAGCUACACCCAGAAGGCCGACAGUAAAGCCCAGGGUCGGAGUAACCAUGGCGAUGAUGCGGUGACCUACUCGACCGUGAAAGCUUCCUCCGCUGAUCCCAGCAACGUCUACGCCAGCAUCACCCGACCACACAAACCCAACUAAUGUCUGCUUCUCUCUCUAUCGAGGGUAAAUAUGCAGUAAAUGUGGACAAUAUAUUACACAUUGAGCUUGAUGAACCUGCUGUCAGGCCCUUCAUGGUGCUCAGAGGUUGAAGUGCUUAAGUAUUUUGCCUUCUUUGUUUCUAAAACACUUGCUGCCUUUCUUUCAUCGCUGAGAAAUAAUGGAUCAAAAUAGAGCAAUUUUGCAGAUUUUCUCACAUUUCUUCUUUUAUUGUUUGAUAUGAAAGGAUUUUUCCAUUUGCAGCUCCUUUUAUCAGAAUAUUUCAGGGCAACGUGUUAAACUGAAAACUGCCAGGAUUCAGUGUCUUACUGUGUUAGUAAGAGUGAUUUGGUGCACACUAGAAUUUAAAAAAGUAAGAAAGUCACAGGACAUAGAUACCAUAUAUCUCUUUUAGAAGCUACACAUUUAGUAGAAAGAGACACAGAGAUGCUUCAGGCUUAAAGUCGGUCAAAUUUGUCUUCAUUGAUUAUUGCAUGAAUUAUUGGUCUGUACACAGGGAUCCAAUGUGUAACUAUAUGAUCAUUUAAAUGCAUUAUGUGAUGUGAAUUGCCAUAACAGUUUACGCGCCAGAGUCAAACUAUAAUUUAAUAUUGUGAAAUGCUUAUAUUAUAUAGCUUGAGGCUUGAAAUGAGUUUUUUCCUCUAAACGCACUGUGAUGUUUGUGAUUUUUUUAAACUGCAAAUAAACUGAACUAAAACUAAA